GGGAGGGGGGAGAGACCAGUUUCCCCAAAUAUACCUGGUAUCACAGUUUGCUGCUGCUACUUAUUGCCACAGCUAUAUAUGACUGCGCCAGCAGAUCACAAGUUAUUGAAGAAAGCAGCAGCUAGCUACCUAAGCUCAAAGCUCAUCUGAUCAAUCAGGAUAUAUAAUUGGUGAUCAUUUGUGUGAAGAUCUCAUCACCAACGAGUGAAUGCUCAUGGGCUCAUUCCAUUCUUCCCAUAUCCAACAAGAAGAAGAAGAAGAUCAUCUAAACCACCCAAACAACAACAACAUCUCAGAUCUACAAUUAUAUCACCACCACCUCCACCACCAUCACAUUUCUGAUCAGCCUUCGUUGAUUAUGUCAACGUCACCAAGCAUUUCACCAACCCACCUCCGCCACUUACUCAUUACCUGCGCCGAGCUCAUUUCCCACCUCGAUUUCCCUUCAGCCCACCGCCUCAUUUCUCUCUUAUCCUCAAACUCCUCACCCUUCGGAGACUCCACUGAAAGACUAACCCACCAUUUUGUAAAAGCCCUCUGUUUCCGCCUCAAUACAAACCCUAAUUACUCUCCCACUACUAUUGGCCCACUGACAGCUCUCACAAAUGCGGCCAGUGCGUCCGCAUCCUCCUCCUCCAACUACUUGUUUUUGCCAGUGUUACAGGAGGAGGAGGACAACAACGAGGAGGCACUCCACUCGUGUUACCUAACCCUAAACCAGAUAACCCCAUUCAUCCGGUUUAGCCACUUGACCGCCAAUCAAGCCAUCCUCGAAGCCAUAGACGCAUCUCAUCUCUCAAUCCACAUCCUCGACUUCGACAUCAUGCACGGCGUCCAGUGGCCCCCACUUAUGCAGGCCCUUGUCGAGCGGUCCUACAACUCCCCACUCCACCCGCCCCCCACACUUCGAAUCACCGCCACCGGCCGCGACCUCUCCCUCCUCCUCAGGACCGGCGAGCGUCUCUUGAGAUUCGCUCAGUCACUCGGCCUCGCCUUCCAAUUCCACCCCCUCGUCCUAAACAACACAUCCCCGCCGUCGGACUUAAUCUCCCCAUCAACCCUGGGCCUCCACCAAAACGAAGUCCUAGCCGUCAACUGCGUCCUCUACCUGCACACCCUAGUCACGGACGACUCACGUGACCUCUUCCUCUUCCUCCAGAAGAUCAAGUCAUUGAACCCAAAAGUCUUCACCAUCGCCAAUAAAGAAGCCAACCACAAUAACCAUCUCUUCUUCAACCGGUUCGUGGAGGCUCUAGACCACUACGGCGCCGUCUUCGAUUCCCUCGAGGCGACGCUGCCGCCCAACAGCCGGGAAAGGCUGGUGGUGGAGGAGUGGUUCGGGAGGGAGAUUAAGGACGUUGUGGGAGUCGAAGGAGAGAAGAGGAAGCAGCGGCAUGAGAGUUACGAGACGUUUUGGGAGGUGGUGCUGCGGAGGGUGGGUUUCGAGAAUGUACCGUUGAGUCCAUUUGCGCUUUCGCAGGCGAAGCUUCUGCUGCGGCUUCAUUAUCCUUCUGAGGGUUACCAGCUGAGGAUGUUCAAUGACUCUUUUUUCUUAGGUUGGCAGAAUCGUCCCCUUUUCUCUGUUUCUUCUUGGCACUAAUUACAAGUAUAUAUAUGUAUCUAAUUGACUCUUUAGCUCUAUUGAUAGCUAGGUUUGAGCUUUCCGUCUUGUUCUUCUCUUCUUAUAUAUAUUUAUAUAUAGAGAAAUAUAUGUAUAAAAAGCCGCAUUUAAGAAGCAAGAGCUGCCAUUGAAGUGUUUUCAAGAACUCACUCAAUUGUACUACUCAUAGAGAAGGGUACUCUUUCUUUCUCUCUUUUUCUCCUGCCAUGUAUCUCUCUAAACAUUCCUAAGAAUCCUACUAGUUACUCAGCUGAUCAGUCUUAAGCAUACAUGCAAUAAGUAGGGUGGAUCUCUGUGGACGUUGCAUGUGAAAUGAAGACACAGCUAGAGGGAGCUCCUGAUCAACUAGCUUUUCCAAUAUCACAGUUUGUUCUUUCGUUAGAGACUGAAAUUGAUCUUAAAUUAUUGUGUUAUAUGAAUCUCAUAAAUAUUG